UUGACCAAGUCUUUGAUGCUCCCGAUGCUGUCAAAGAGGUUAUGAUCAGCCAAUUUGGUCUGGAAUACUCGUACAUUGGAACAGCAGAAACUGAUCAGAAGGCAGAUGACGUUUCGAAGUUGGGAGUUCUAGAUUUUUGGACUCCAGAUAAUCACUAUAGAUGGUCAAGGUCUAGAUAUGGUAAUCACGUUUCAGGGAGUGUGGAGCCAGUUGAUCGAUCGCGUCUUCUCUUGUGUAGUUCUGAUGCUGGGGAAAUAGAAAGGCUGCGAUCCAGAAAAAAGGAGCUGGAAGAUCGAAUUAGUGAUUUAGAGGAGAGUCUGAGACCACUCCAGUCUGACAUAAGACAGAUAGAGGAUGAAGCUUCGAAGCUUCGCAAGCAACGGGAGGAGAUAGUCAAUACUAUCAAUCAUCACAAUAGAAAGAAGCAAGAAAUGGUAAAUCGUGUUGAUCAAAGGAAAAAGAAGUUGGCUUCUCUGCAGGAGGAGGAUGACCUGGAUACUAUUGUGGAAAAGCUUGCUGAGCAGGCUGCUGGAUUUAAUGCUGAGCGAUACAAAUGUGCACUUCGUCUGAAGGAAUUACUUGGUGAGGCUUUUUCUUACAAAAGAAGUUUCACCCAUAAACAUAUGGCUUCUAUUGAGUUUGAUGCAAAGAUUAGAGAAAUGGAAAUCAGUCUCAAGGAGCAUGAGAAGUUUGCGCUGCAAGCAUCAUUGCACCUUGAGUAUUGUAGGAAGGAGGUAGAAGAUCAUAGGCGGCAGCUAGCUGCUGCCAAGCAGCAGGCAGAAUCAAUCACAACGAUUACUCCAGAACUUGAAAAGGCAUUCCUUGAGAUGCCAACUACUGUUGAGGAACUGGAGGCUGCUAUACAAGAUAAUAUUUCUCAAGCGAAUUCAAUUCUCUUUCUAAACCCCAAUAUAUUGGCAGAGUACGAGGAUCGUCGGCGCCAGAUUGAGGCAAUUGCAAGGAAACAUGAAGCUGAUAAAAGAGAACUGACGAGAUGUUUAACAGAAAUAAAUGCCCUCAAGGAAUAUUGGCUGCCUACCUUGAGAAAUAUUGUGAGUUGGAUUAAUGAAACUUUUAGUCGUAAUUUCCAAGAGAUGGCUGUUGCAGGGGAGGUUUCAUUGGAUGAGCAUGGCUCGGACUUUGAUCAAUAUGGAAUACUUAUAAAAGUGAAAUUCAGGCAAGCUGGACAACUUCAAGUUCUUAGCGCUCACCACCAGUCUGGAGGGGAACGCUCCGUAUCAACUAUUCUUUAUCUUGUCCUUCAAGACCUGACUAACUGCCCAUUUAGGGUGGUUGAUGAGAUAAAUCAAGGAAUGGAUCCUAUCAAUGAAAGAAAGAUGUUUCGGCAAUUAGUCAGAUCUGCCAGUCAACCCAAUACACCCCAGUGUUUUCUUCUUACUCCGAAGUUGCAACCAGGUUUGGAAUACAGCGAAGCAUGUAGCAUCCUGAAUAUAAUGAAUGGGCCUUGGAUAGAGCAGCCUUCAAAAGUGUGGAGCAGCGGUGAGUCUUGGCGUUCAAUCACAGGCUUGGUUGGCAAAAGAUGAUGCUGAUAUUGAUCUCUCUACAACGUUUUUUGCACGGAUGCAAAAACAUUUGGUAGUGUGAUGCGAAACAUUGCCCUGCCUCCAUUUCGGUUUUGUGUCGAAUAUGCCUAACUUUUGGUGCUGGUCAUUUGAGUUUCCUUAGUUCUUGUAUAUUAAAAAUAAGGCCGCAUCUGGAUUUAGGAGCACCGUAUUAUUUAAAAUGUCAGUAAUGCCCCUGGUGCUCAUGGGAUGCUGUUGAUGACAAAUUAUUGCUGCACUCUGUUCUUUGUAUAAAUUAUAUUUGAAUGA